AUGAAUACCAAUUUUUUGAUAAUCGGUGCUGUGAUUGCAACUGCAUUUGCUCUUGGACUUGGUCUCAUCAUUGGCCAUUUUGGUAUAACUAAGAAAACAAGUGGUACAUCUUGGAAAUAUAACCGUCUUACAAGGCCAGCUGAUCCAAAAAACUAUCGAACAUUUAUUGAUUCUAUUGAGGCAGCUAAUAUUGAAGCAAAUCUUAAAAAUCUCACUUCACGUUCUCAUAUGGCUGGUCUACUUGAAGAUUUAGAAAGUGCUCAAGUCAUUGAAGAACAAUGGAAACUUGAUGGUUUACAAGUAACUCAACCAAAAUACAAUGUUCUUCUUUCGUAUCCAGAUGAUAGUGAGCUUAAUCGGUAUUUUUUUUCUAUUAUGGAUGAUACAUACAAUGAUCCAGCUAAUUAUGCGUCUUUCGGAAUAACAGCUGAUCAAGUCUAUGAUCAAAAGUGGUAUAUGCCUCCACGUGGCGUACAACGAGGGCCAGCAUUCACUUCGAAUGGUGAUUUUUUGACUCAUAUAUCCAUCGACAGGUAUUUGCGAGAUGAUGAAGUAGAUGCUCAAUGGCAUGGAGGUUUACGAAAUGUAACGUAUCGUUAUGGUGGAGAACUUCGUGAUGCAUCAGAUGCCUGGAAUCUGGGCUCUGUUGAUCCAACGAGUGGAACAGCUACUAUGCUAGAAGUAACGCGAGUACUUGGUCAAAUGUAUAAGAAUGAAUUUCGACCACAACGUAGUUCAAUGUUUUGUUCAUGGGGUGCUGAAGAAUAUGAACUCACUGGAUCGGUAGAAUACGUUGAGGCUGCUCAAGAUUUUGUUACACGAUCGAAAUCAAUGGAUUCAAAAAAUCUAUAUAAAAUUCGAGUAUAUAACGACCAAGUAUUGCAACUUGAACGUGCAUUUCUAAAUCCACUAGGACAAGGUCGUGAUUAUACUGAUUUUAAACAUAUUAUCUAUGCACUAGCCAAAGGUAAUCCAUAUGCAGCAACUGGUUGUCCUGCUGUCAGUGAUGUUAUUGCUAGCGGUAAUUCAACAGAAAUCACGAAUCCAAUAGCCGUAGCUACCUAUUUUGUGCACGGUGUUUUAUCUGUACUAAAGGAAGUUCAUAAUUUUUUUUCUUCUUAUUAA